AUGCCUCGCUGUGCAAGUGAGUUCCAACUCUGUCCGUUGGGUGGCACUGUUGCUCAGGCGUUAGUUGGUGCAGCGCCGCGCGUUCGUUACGAUCAUUCGGUGGCGCACUACAAAUUUGAUGAUUGCUCCAGUAACCACAACAACGCAAGUGAAAAUCCUUCGAAUUCUGAUAAAAACCAAGAGCUUCCUGAAAGCAGUUGGAAGACAGACAGUAAUAUUGAACAUCGUUUCGGGAAUCGCCAACUCAAGUAUAAUCAUACUCCCACAAGGUGCUACUCGAAGAGCCGAAAUGAUUCCCGACCAGCCUCUGUCGAGGGAGGGACUGAGAACAACAAUCAAGCGUCACUCGACUCUCAUGACGACUCUUGGUCGGCUGGUUCUUGCUCGAACGACUCCAAUUCAACACUUGAGUUUGAUGAAGUUGAACCAGAUGAGGAAAACGUCACAGUUCAAUUUUCGUUAAAAUUUGACGGUGAUCGACCAGUCCUAUCAUCUCCCAAGUUCAUUCUGAAGGAAUCCAUCCUCGAAGUUGAGAUGGAAACCGAAAAAACUGAAGUUCAGUUGUCUCCAGUGAAGCCGAAAGCCUGUUCGAUAUCGGAUGAAGAAGAUAGCGACUUAGAGAGUAAAACUGUGAUUGUUGUUCCUCUAAAGAGCCCUAAGAAUGCGGAGCAGCUGCGAGUUCUUCCAACAUCAUUCAGCUCACAGAUACUACCCAAAUCUCUAGAAGGGUGCAAGCCCAAAUCUCUAAAAGAAGACCGCAAGCAAGAAUUUCUAGAAGAAGACAUCAAGCCCAAAUCUGUUGUAGAAGACUUCAAGCCCAAAUCUCAAGAAGGAGACCGCAGGCCCAAGUCUCUAGAAGAAGACCGCAAGCCCAAAUCUGUAGAAGAAGACUUCAAGCCCAAAUCUCAAGAAGACCGCAAGCCCAAAUCUCUAGAAGAAGAUCGCAAGCCCAAAUCUCAAGAAGAAGGAGACCGCAGGCCCAAAUCUCUAGAAGAAGAGCGCAAGCCCAAAUCUCAAGAAGAAGGAGACCGCAAGCCCAAAUCAUUAGAAGGAAACCCCGAGUCCAAAACUCUAGAUGGAGACCGCAUGCCCAGCUUAGACGUUAAAAAUAGUGAGUGGACUGUGAAAUUAGGACGAAGUGACGCAGAAAUAAAAGAAAGCACUGAGAACCUAUUGCUUUCCCAAAUCGCCUCAAAGUCAUCAAAUGAUCAAAGAGUAAAUGCAAGUUUGAAGUCAGAGAUUCAAGCAAAAUUUUCCAUAUAUGAAGGUCAAAUAUCUCACCACGACACUACAAAUCAUGAAGUUGGUGGGAGAGACGUUCCUUCACAUGAGUUAGAAAAAAAUGAAAGUAGCUGUGUUCGCUUGGAUAAAUCUAGUCCUGAACAUUCGGCAGGACCUCAAAUUUUAGAAUAUUCUAAAUCUGACGCUAAUACACUUGAGAAGACCGUUCAAGCUAAAAAAUCUGAAUUAACUCAAAUAAAUAGAGAAGUCAAACUAUUACAAAAGAAAUCCAAUUCAGCGCGUCCAAAUAGUCUCUUUCCUGGAAGAAAAAACACCCCACAUGUUCCUGCUUCUGCGCGAAUAACCAAAGGGGAAAAGGAGUUAGUGUACCUGCCUGGCAGAAGUUUAUAUAACAGUCGCGUUGGCUCAGUUAGCAAACAUAAUAGCUUAGCAGGAAGUAGAGUGAGCUUAAACAAUAGCAGAAAUAAUUUGAGUGGAAGUCUAAUUAGUUUAGCUGAUAGAAGUCGCACAGGCAUAACUGACAGUCGGUUGAGUCGGAGAAGGUCACUUGAAAAAAAAUAUGUUCCGAAGAUACGGGCACUUUCAACAAGUCCUCAGCCAAGCAUCGCUAGUCUUCGCAGGAAGAAAGCCCGUAAAAUAAGUCUCGAAAAUAUUUCCAAACGCCGAGAGAACAUUUCUCGAGAAAGGAGUCUAAGUCGAUCCAUAGAACGAGAUCAAAAUCCAGCCAGAGCUGAAACCCCGAAAAUAGCUCGGAAACUAAGAACACCAAAAUCUGUUCCAUCUGCAAAGGCAAAACGAGCUGGUCUCGCCACUGCUCCAGUUCUUAAAAACCCAAGAACACGACCUCUAAUCUCUCAUAGGAGUUCUAGUAAUACUAGUCGGAGACCAAAACCAUUCCGAAAAUCAAGUCCAAGUCCAGAGCGGUCAAAACGAAGCAGCACUGCUCGAUCUGUGAGCAGGAGAAGCCCGCUGACUCGCCGCAGCACUACUGCACGGGAGAGCAGAAGCCGAAGUGUUCGUUCUUCGAAGCCCAGAUUGAAAGAGCCUUUGAGUCGAAGCCUGAGUGAAGUUAGUAUGAAAACACCGCAAAAAGAAACCAUGACUAAGCGCACUCGUAGCCUCAGCACGAGGCGCAAGUCUAAUCCGAAGAAGUACGAACUUAAGGUAGAAUGUGAACCGGCAGAACCUUUGCAGAGAAAGACAAGUUUUAAUUUGGAUCUUGUAAAAAAUGUGGCUGAUAAAUUCAAGAGAAAUGAAGCAGCAGCACUGAAGACCUCAGAACAAUACCGUGACCUCAGUGAUAAUGCAGUAAAUUCAAGAAUAUCCCAGCUGGCGUACAGGCCGUUAGAUUCACAUUUUGAGGAAAACAUUCUUCUAGGUGAACCGUAUCCCUCUCGAGCAGGCACGAUGCCUAUUAGAGGAGUCAAUGGCAGUACUCAAGCAUUUGAUCUGCCGCAACAUUACAACACCCUUAAACAUUCUAGGGGGUAUCAAAAUGUGAAUCAGGUAACAUACAAUAACGAUUAUCGGGGUGGGUAUCGCUACCAGCCAUACCGAAUGAGCCUGGGUGCCUGGUUUCAAAAAUGGAAUCCUUUCCGUUAUCUUUUCGGAGGUCAGAGGCAAUACCCGACGCGCAUGGGACCGAUAAGAAAUCGAGAUCAAGGUAGAUCUCGGCCAGAAUUUGAGAACUUAGUUCCAAGGAAAUAUCCUCAUCAGCUGUCAAGAACGAAUUCAUCGAACCAAAUCUUCAUACAAGACCCUAAAAAUCGAGACCGGAUACUCAUCGCCGAAGAAGUUGGGCUUGUUUACGGCGAUCCCAGAGAGAUAUACGCAAGAGAGAAAAAGAAAACAGAGAAUGCUAAAGGUUUUUUAGCCACUUUGCGAAAAUCCUCUUUGGAAAAGAAAGAAGCUAAAGCAGCAGCUGAAAAAGAAAAGAAUAAAAAAAAAUCUGCAACAAAGGCUCAAGAAAGAAAGUCGAGGUUUGGAUUCAGUCGCAGAAGUGACGAGCUAGCUGGAAGAAAAACGCCUAAAAACAAAUCAAUUCAGCCUCGGAAAAAUAUUGGCGCAAGAUCAGCUAAACCAAAAACGAAAAAGAAAGUUCGCCUGACAUUGACAGAUUUAGCGAAACGAGUAAAAGAAAACUCUAAAACCUUAACUAAUAACAAAUCCGUGACAAAAAGGGCGAAAUUCGCAACUGAAGGUAAAUUGAGUGGCUUCCAAAACGUAGCCGCAACUGCUUUCAGAAACAAGAACAUCUUCGGCCGAAAACUGACAAACCUGGGUCCUGAUGGGACUCCCAAGUCCAUAUUGCGUGGUCCACCAAAUCAGCAGUACCCCACGGACCCGACAGCCGUUCGGCCGGUCCAUUUUCGACCAGGCACCAUUCCCUCAGUCAACGAAAUACCCCGGUAUGCCAGAGGCUCCGCACAACAAAUAUUGCAGCCCUCAUUACCUCCACAACCCAACCAAGUUCGACUGGAUGCGAUGGCUCUGAACACCAUGGCCAACGAGAACAGAGGACAAUUCUUCGGACGCCUCCACAGUGGACUGACAAGACGCCAAGCCGAAGAGAACGGGAGAUCCCACAUCACAGCCCCAGACCCCCCCAGCCGCGUGCCAGAGCCAUCACCUCAAGGAAUGGGAGGUCGUAACUUCCCUCUGGCCUUACCAAGCUCCUCUCGAUUUCCUCACCCUCCCGCUGUCCCUAAACUGUCUACCUCUGAGGACAUGGCCUCCCCCUUGCUUCCUUCCCAUAGCUCCCACAUCACAGUCCCAGAGCGCACCGACCGUGUUCCAGACCCAGCGCCUCAGGGAGUGUGGGGUCGCAAGUUCCCCAUGGCCUUACCGAGUCUCCCCAGAUUCCCCCGUCCUGCCUUCCCGCAACGGUCUACCGCUGAGGACACGGCCAUCACCAUGCCCCCCAUACACACAAGCGGUCCUCCUGCCAACGCCGGUCUUCUGACGGACAGCAGUGCGGACUCGGGGGGCCCGGGACCCCCAAUUGCGGGGACCAACAAAAAGGACCCCAGAGUCCCCAUCGUCUUGAUGCAAGGAGUCUUCAACAGGGCGGCCGCCAACACGUCUUUAGGGAGACGAGCUGCACUGGAGGUGGAACGCCUGCCGCUGCCGGCGACGCUGGUGGAGCCCACGUCCAAGCUACGGGGAGCCCUGCCUGUGCUGCCGCCCUCCUUCGCCUCCCUCUGCCUCUGCCUCAACGUCUGCCUUCCGGGACUUGGCACAAUUUUGAGCGGGUGGCUUGGACUGUGCGUAGGGCGCAACCGCCUGGCGGCCAUUGAGACGCCGCGCAACCAAGCCAUGUCGGUGCUCAUCACCAGCGCCACGGGGCUGGCCCAGCUCGCCACAGUCUGCUUCUUCCUCGUCGGCUGGUUCUGGGCCAUCGCCUGGGGCCUUCUACUCGUGUCUAUAUCACAAAAAUACCUCAUACACACCGACGAGCACGCGAAGACCAUGCGAGGUGCCGUCGGCUUGGAGAUGAUGUCUCUCAACGCAAACCCAGACAAGUCCAACCCCUAGCAUUACUCAAAUAAACUGGCGACCUAUUUUUAAUAACGAUACAUUAACAGAAAGGAAAAUUAAUCCAAAACAAGUCUACCUCACCGCAAGGCUUUAUUGCCCGCUAUUUGGGUUCAAAGGUAAUUAAACGCCACUCUCUAGCCUCGAAAUGAUGUUGGAGUAUCGGAAACUGCCAGCUUGAAAUCUAAACCCAAUAACGACUUCCAUAGUCAAAGCAGCCCCUCGGCGUAUAUUGAACUCUUGGUUUUACAGCGACGAUACAUGAACAGAACUAAAUGUGUGAAGAUAACUGAAAUGGCCUUUGCAAGGUUCUUAUUUAAUUUUUAUAAGCGUUAUUCAUAAUCAUAUUUUGAUAUUUAUAAUCGUAAAUACAGGACCAACUUCUCGCCUACAAAACUAGCAGUAGCCUUCCUGCAAUGCAUGUCUACCAUUGAGGACCAAGUAUUCUUGAGAUACGCCAAUUUAGGACUAGUUUUUGUACAUAUCAAACUCAAGUGGGACCAACCACCAGCAGAUUUGUAUCAGGCAAAGCCCUGGCUUUCGAUGUAUAGACUGGUUAACUCCGUACCUACGUACUAUAUUUCUGUAACGCUACUUCGAGUACGUAAACUUUUCUUGUAAACUUUUUCAUGUGUAUGAACUUUUUCAUAAAUGUAUGAAUACAAUAAUAUACUGAGUA